GAGGCCCAUGUGUACGUGAGGGAGAGGGAGGGAGGGAGGGAGCUGAUGUCAAAGUGCAACCAGGGGAAAAGUGCUCCUUCAUACUCUGCACUCUGAUAAGUCCAGUAAGAGUCAAAUACAGGUUGCACUUUUACAUAAUCUAAACAGCUAUGGAUCAGAUUCUGACCCUCCCUGUGAUAGCGGCCCUGAGCUUGGUGGCAGUGUCAGUGCUGUACCUCCUCUUCAGAGGCUCAGGAGGAACCCAGAAGAAAAGGAAGCUGCUGGUGACUCUGCAGGAUGCCACCAUCAAAUAUCCACUCCGUCUUAUUGAUAAAGAGGAAAUUAGUCAUGACACCAAGAAGUUUAGAUUUGGUUUGCCGUCUCCAACCCAUAUCCUGGGACUGCCAAUAGGUCAGCACGUGUACCUCUCCGCCAAAGUCAACGGCAGUCUGACUGUGAGGGCGUACACCCCGGUCACCAGCGACGAGCACCAGGGAUACGUGGACCUCGUAGUCAAGGUUUACUACAAGGACUCCCACCCAUCCUUCCCCGCAGGCGGGAAGAUGUCGCAGUACCUGGACGACAUGGCUGUGGGGGACGCCAUUGAUUUCCGAGGACCUAGUGGCUUGCUAGUGUACAAUGGGAAUGGUAAAUUCUCCAUCCGCCCUGACAAGAAGUCUGAACCAAAGAUUAAGACGUUCAAACAUAUUGCCAUGAUAGCUGGUGGAACAGGUAUCACUCCAAUGUUGCAGCUGAUUCGCAGCAUCGCAGCAGACCAUAUGGACGACACAAAAUGUUGUCUCAUAUUUGCUAACCAGACUGAGAAAGAUAUUCUACUAAGAGAAGAGUUGGCAGAAGUGAAGGCUAACCACCCGGAUACACUGGAACUAUGGUUUACUUUGGAUAAACCUCCAAAAGACUGGAGCUACAGUUCAGGAUUUGUGACAAGUGACAUGAUCAAAGAGCACUUCCCGCCUGCAUCCAGCGAUGUUCUCAUCGUCCUGUGCGGCCCGCCCCCCAUGAUUCAGUACGCCUGUCUGCCCAAUCUGGAGAAACUGGGCUACAAAACAGACAACAUCUUUGCAUAUUAGAGUAGUCUAUGAUGUGGCCCAGGGCUACCCUUCAUCGUGGCUAACAGUGUUGACAGUGAAGGACACGGCUGGGACUUGUGUCAUCUAAAGGGAAGGACUUAAUGCAAACACCUGAGGAUUGUGAAGUACUGGUGAAUGAGUGACCAUCAAUAGUGGAGUCUUUUGCUGUUCAUGUUUUUCAUUUUUGUAGUCAACAUUAUGACCCAUACCAACUGUCAUGGACUAUGAAGUGAUUGAGAAAAUGCUGUACAUAUGAGCCUUUGAAUAAAAAUUAAAAAACAAUUGCAAAAA